AUGUCCUCUCCCUUCUCGCAGGGCUCGGGCUUCCACGCGUCGCGAAGACAGAAGUAUGGCAACGUGUUCAAGACCCACCUGCUGGGCCGUCCACUGAUCCGGGUGACGGGCGCCGAAAACGUGCGGAAGGUUCUGAUGGGGGAGCACACGCUGGUGACGGUGGACUGGCCCCAAAGCACCUCCACCCUGCUGGGGCCCAACUCACUGGCCAACAGCAUCGGAGACAUCCACCGCAAGAGGAGGAAGGUGUUUGCGAAGGUGUUUAGUCAUGAGGCCCUAGAGUCCUACCUCCCGAAGAUCCAGCAGGUCAUCCAAGAGAGCCUCCGGCUGUGGAGUUCAGACCCAGAGCCCAUCAACGUCUACAGGGAGAGCCAGCGGUUGUCUUUCACCAUGGCCGUGAGGGUGCUGCUGGGCUUCAGGGUGUCGGAGGAGGAGAUGAGACAUUUGUUCUCAACCUUCCAGGACUUUGUGGACAACGUCUUCUCCCUGCCCAUAGAUCUCCCAUUCACCGGCUACAGGAAGGGAAUUCGUGCACGUGACACCCUUCAGAGAGGCAUAGAGAAAGCCAUCAGGGAGAAGCCUCUGUGUUCCCAGGGGAAGGAUUACAGCGACGCGCUGGACGUCCUUCUGGAGAGCGCCAAGGAGAACGGCACUGAACUUACCAUGCAGGAACUGAAGGAAUCCACCAUUGAGCUGAUCUUUGCUGCCUUCGCCACCACGGCCAGUUCCAGCACCUCCCUCAUCAUGCAGCUCCUCCGUCAUCCUCCCGUCCUGGAGCGCCUGAGGGAGGAGCUGCGGGCCCGGGGCCUCCUCCACAAUGGCUGCCUCUGUCCUGAGGGGGAGCUGAGACUGGAGACCAUCAGCAGCCUCAAGUAUCUGGACUGUGUCAUCAAGGAGGUGCUCAGGCUCUUCACACCGGUGUCCGGAGGCUACAGGACCGCCGUGCAGACCUUCGAACUCGAUGGCGUCCAGAUCCCCAAAGGCUGGAGCGUCAUGUACAGCAUCCGGGACACUCACGACACCUCAGCUGUCUUUAAGGAUGUGGACGCCUUCGACCCCGACCGCUUCAGCCAGGAGCGGGGUGAGGACAAGGAAGGCCGCUUCCACUAUCUGCCCUUCGGUGGCGGCGUCCGGUCCUGCCUGGGCAAACAGCUUGCCACACUGUUCCUCCGCAUCCUGGCCAUCGAGCUGGCCAGCACAAGCCGCUUCGAGCUGGCCACCCGGCAGUUCCCCCGUGUGGUGACCGUGCCGGUGGUCCACCCCGUAGAUGGGCUCAAGGUCAAGUUCUACGGACUGGACUCCAACCAGAAUGAGAUCAUGGCCAAGUCGGAAGAGCUGCUGGGAGCGACGGUCUGAAGGACAGACGGACAGACGAGGAGAGGAGCGGUGAGAGAUCUGCGGAGGGGCGAGGGAGGGGAUCGAAGGAAAGAAAGAGAAGCAAUUGGAGAAUUUUUUUUUCCUUCCCUCCUUUCGUUCAGCCAAGUUUGAGGUUUCUUCUGAAAAACUGACAGAAAAGCAGGAGUCUUCUAUCUCUUAUUCCAAGCAAUGAUGAGUGGGACUUUCCUCAAAUAGGAAGAAGCUGCCAAAAACUUCUAAUUAUGCUCUAUUUUGUUUAUUUUCUAAAGAAAUAUACAAACAUAAAGUACAGUAUGUGUAAAAAAAAAGCUAUGUAAUAUAAAUCGAAAAAGAAAGUAUGGGUAUCAAAGGAAAUGCACAACUGGAGAGGAAGACGUCACACGGAGAUACUUUGGAUGAAAUGAAGUGAUGAGAGGUUAAAUUUAGAAGUAAAAGAUGAGGGGAAUGGUAGUAGGAAGAUAGAUGGAUGAAACAGGGUAUGGAGAUGAAAGAUGAGGAUAACAUUUUAGCAUUAAGCUUGUGUUAAAUCAACAUAAAUGGACCAUUUAGGUUGUCUACCAGGGUAAACGAAAUUGUAUGGAUUAGAUUACACUGAUAAACUAAGUGAGAUAUUCUGUAUAAUCUGGUCCAAAGUAAAUUGAGGAACCGGAUUUCUGUGGGCCACCUGGAUUCAAGACCAGUAGGGACUGCGGCGAGAUUUGUAAAGAAAGGCAGAAAUGAGAGGUGGCAUUGAUCAGGUUUGCUAAAAGUCAUACCAUGGCCUUUAAAUUCAAAGUGAUUACUACCUGACAGAUGCAGUCAAAUGACAGGGACAGCACAGUGGCGAGGCCAGUCAUGACAAAGGAAAAGCAUGUUACUGAACUGGCUGGAAAAGGUCUCUGUCAUUUCUAUCGUCUGACAGAUCAGCGUGCUGCAGAUUUGGUAGGACCGCUUUGACACUGUUUAUUGAUUCAUGAUGCAGUACAAUACCACGAGCAGUCCGAAUGGCUAAAAAUUGCUCUCUGAUUCCCUUUAGCAGGGGCAAAUAUACAUUGUAAGUUUUUGGAUGGUUUUAAGGAGAGUAGGGCUUUACUGAAAUGUAAAGUUUGUAGUGCAAAUGGAGAAAGCUAAAUUGAACGGACACUUUCACGGGACAUUUUGACUUCUAAUAUUUUGAAGCGAUGUGGAUGGGCAGUUUUUCGAGCCAUAUUCAUAACUCAUGUUUAUAUACAGUAGUCCUUCAUGCUAUACACUACACUUCAGAAGGUGACCGACACUGAUUCUGCACCACCGGUGGUUCUCUCUGUAAAAAAAAGGCAUUAUUAUUUUUCUAUAUUGGCAGAAAAAAGGGUGCCAUGUUAGAUAUCAGCUCUUUAUAGAGUCCAUGACAUUGAGCUGGUGCUCAUAAUUGGAGCACUUUGCAAUGAGUAAGACGAGAUUCGGUUCAGAGAUGAUGAACAUCACAUACAACCUGUAAUGUGACGUAUUGGGGUUUGAACCAGAGUACCAUCAGUACCAUCAGAACAUCCUGAAACCUUACAGUUGAUGGAGUUAGACCUGGGGAAGAGAAAACAAACAAAUUAGCUGAGUAAAUGAAAGAGAUUGAGAGGAUUUCAUAAAGGCACAAACUAGAAUGAGCAGAGGAGGUGGGUCGAUGAGAUGAGAUUCGGGCCACAGUUAUAGAUGAGGAGGUCUGUCGAGGGAAAACAAACUUCUGUGAAACAGACAAAGACAAGCUGAGGGGCUUAUGAAUCUCAGCCUUCCAAAUCUCUUCUCUCCUGCCCCUCUGCAUUGUUUUAAAAUGUUACUUAUACUUUCCAUCUUGUCUUUUCCAAUUGCGUUUUAAACUCAGGUGGAGGGUGGACAUUUUUGAGUAAGACAUCUUUUUUGAUAUUUAACUCUAAAUGACUGCAUAUACAAAGACUAUCCUUCUGGUAACUUGCCUAUUUUUACAGAACAUCACCUACUGUUUUGUUUUUAAUGGUUUUAUUUACAUGAGUAGUUUGGUUUUGUAUUCUAUAUUCCAAAAUUUGAGGGUCUCUCAGCUUACACUGAUUAGCCAAAACAUUAAAACCACCUGACUAAUAUUAUGUAGGUCCCCCUUGUGCCACAAAAACAGCUCUGAGGCAUGGACUCCACAAGACCGCUGAGGGUUUCCUCUGGUAUCUGGCACCAAGACAUUAGCAGCAGAUCUUUUAAGUCCUGUAAGUUGCGAGGUGGGGCCUCCAUGGAUCAGACUUGUUUUUCCAGCAUGUCCCACAGAUGCUCGAUCAGAUUGAGAUCUGGGGAGUUUGGAGGCCAAAGUAACACCUUUAAUGCUUCAUCAUGUUCCUCAAACCAUUCCUGAACAACUUUUGCAGUGUGGCAGGGUGCAUUAUCCUGCUGAAAGAGGCCACUGCCAUCAGGGAAUACCCUUGCCAUGAAGGGGACAUCAUGGGCACUCUGACCAGUCUGCAGCUAUUCAGUCCCAUGCGCAGCAAGCUGCCAUGCACUGUCCUGACACCUGUCUAUCAUCUAUCAUAGCCAGCAAUAACUUUUUCAGCAGUUUGAGUUGCAGUAGCUCUUCACUUGUCAGUGGUUUUAAUAUUUUGGCUGAUCAUUGUAUAUCAACCUUUGCUGCCAGCUUGUGUCGUAGUACUGUCUGCUUCCAAUAUAUGUGACCAUUAUGCAUCCUUCCUGGUCAGAGAAUGGGUCCCGAGAUUGCAGAGCCCAUCCCAUAACAAAGAUGUCAAGAUGUUUAACACUUGAUUCCUAAAACACCCCAUCAUGGCCUGCCAUGUGUUUUCUUAAGUGUCCUUGAGCAAGGUAGCAACCCCAUACAAACUCACCAAUGCAAGUUUCUGUGAAUCACAGCACCAGCUAAAUUCCUCAACUGUAAAUCAUAAGUUUGAUUAAAUUUAGGAAAACGGUUUAGUCAAAUGGUUCCAUGAAGCUAUGGGAGAAAAUUGAAUGAAUUAAGGUCAAAUGUUAAUUAUGCUUUUUUUUUAUGAAUCUGUACUUCAAUGCAUAAGCCACAUUACUGUCUUAUGUUGAGGUUGAACAUGAUGUUGGCCACUGACUCACUUUUGUGGCCGGGAUACAUUGAGAAUUAGCUCUUAUGGAAGGAGCUCUAGCAUAACUUUUUAAACUGAAGGAGAAGAGAGGGAUGAUAGAGAGAGGUGAAGAGGAGACCUUCAUACAUGCUGCUUGAGUGUCGCUUUGUCAUUCUGUGUUUUAUUUUGUAAUCUGUUUUCUUCUCGUCUCAUCGGGGCAGCCAUUUUGAAUUACGUGGAGACGGUGACAUUCUGUCCUAUCGAUGCUACGAAUGCAAACUUCCGUGGUUUUGUUCUUUCUUUUUUCCAGUUUGUUUUGAAAAGCUCAAUAUAGCUAAAAGAGAUUUAUCGUCCGACGUGAUUGCACAAUCAGAACUAUCGGGACUUCUGUGUCCAAUAUUUGGUGAGAAUCAUCUUUUUCCCCAGAUGUGGGAAGGUUUCUAUAACAGAACCAUAAGACUUGUCACAAGAACUCUGGGACAUUCAGGAAGCCUCAGGCACUUCCUCAAAUGGACGUCUGGGAGGACCAAUGAGGCUCAUGGGGCGGGGUCAAACUUGGAAAUGCUCUUCGUCAUUGAGCGAGCUUUGUCCAGAAGCAUUGACGGAUACUUCGCGGACAAGACAUUGUUCACUCUCGCUACCAACCACACCACUGAUUUUUUUUUUUUUUUGGUCACGAUGAGAAAAAUAUGAAAAUGGAUUUUUUUGCUGCUUUCUUGUGUACAUUUAUAUUUGAGAGAUCUAGAUUGCCAUGAUAGUUUGUAUCAAGUGAAAUUUUGCCUCCCCCCCUUUCUAUAUAAUGUAGCUGAUAAAAUAUUUGCAUUUUGUGAAAGCAAAGAGAGCGUUAAUAGGUUAUAGUGUAUAUUAACUUGUAUGAUAGUCCUUUCUUUAGCAAGCGAUGGGAAAAUCAGCUAUUUACAUCUACUAAUAACCUAAUAUUAAUGUUAUUGUAUGAUUAAUAUUGUCAUAAAAUAUUUGAAAUGCUAUUUUUUAUUCUAUUACAGAUUUAGUUUUUUUUAGUCUAAAUGAGAGAGGUUGUUGGUAAAUAUUGGAUGUAUUUAGAAUAUCUAUUUCAGUUAUAUUGUAAACAGUGUUUAAAAUGUUAAUAUGGUUGAUUUGGUUACUGUUAAUAAUUAUUUGUUUUGUUACUCAGACUUAUUAUCACUGCAUUUUAUUUGAUAUUAAUUAUCAAAAACGGAAAGCACUUGCGAGGUAUGAUUAUGUUUUUAAGUGCCAUGCGACUACACUUCCCCCUUCCCGCUGACCUGGCGGGUUCGAAGACCUUGUCUUUCUUCAUUCUGUAUAUAAUGUUAUUUCUUUUUACAGGAAAAAUGUCCGCCUAGUUUUGAAUAUGAAUGUUUCUUCUUCCUCCCAUCCCUAUUUUUUUUUGUUUUGUUACAGUGAUUGUUCAAUGUACUCCUGAAAUAAAAUAUAAGGUAAA